UGUUCCGAAGAAGUAACAGCAACCUGAUCGCUUGAGGAAGACGGAUUAUCUAUGUUCAACCCUUGGAAUUGUGCGGCCGUCGAAGAUAGAUAACUAUUGGACCUUGAUCUGCAUUGACGUGAGUCUUGUGUACUCGGGUCUAUAUAGAGACUGUCCAUGAGGGCUGGAUCUGGGGCUGUGAGUGAUGACGGCGGCACAUACGGAUAGAUUUAGAAGAGAAGGCUCGAAAUAGACAAAGAACUUUGAUGGAUGGUGAGAGUAAGAGUGUAACGCGGAGAACUCAGCAGGGCGGUACCCUUUAGUAGUAUAUCUGAGGAAAACGAAAUUUGAAGAGUUAUUUUGGAAGUCUUGACGGAUUCGGAGUGGGAUAACAGAUCAUGGCCCUCCGCCUCAACUCAGUCUGGGAAAACAAGGCUAUAAUGUACUUGGACCAUGCCCGUCGAGGGGGCUGUAGGGUUGCGGACGCCAUUGGUAGAUCGCUGGUACAAGCGAACGCUCGAAGGAUUCAGCCCCUUGUCGUUCUAGCCUGCACUUACAGAAUAGAAAUCGCGCCAAGUGACGCUCCCGCUCUCUGGAACUUGGCAUGUCAAAGGUGCUUAGUGCGACGGCAAGGCUUCCUGCUCCGUGGCUUCACGCUCGCCAGGCUCUUUCGGCGAUGGUUGCACUGUCUACGCCGCACUCGCACACGGCCGCCUUCCAGGGCCAACAGUGGGCGAGGACAGAAAGGCGUGAAAUUACCAACCAGGAGAGCAACAGCCGUGGCCUUUGGACCCAUCUCUCGUCGGGGAAUGAGUCUGCAUGGCUCCAGAAAGGGGAGCGAUCUGGAAACGCAGGCCUUGGGGCAGGCUCUCGGGAGUGCUCCAGGGGAGGUGAGAUGUCUCCGUUGGGGUUUCCGGUACUUUGGCGGCUGUAAUCUGCACCCAAAUAAAGAUGAAAUGAACUUCUGGAUUGACAGCACCAGCCCGGCCCCGUCGUUGCCAGCUGCACUGUACUCUACGAGCACCUGGUCCAGAGAUCGCAGAUGUCCCCGCUCUCGAAGAUCCACUAGUGUGGGGUCUCUGCUGGAACCGCCCAAGGUCGCUUGCAUGGGUUUCGUGAGUCGUGCUGCUGCGGAAGGGUUGAACCGUGAAGGUCGAGUCGAGAAAUGCCCCUCGCCAGUCGAGCUCAAGGAAUGGAGCUCGGAGCUCGAUGCUGGACGAACUAGGCUAGCGCGACGAGCUGAAGCUCCCCAAGCUCUCUCGAAGCUUGCGCCUUGCAGCGACCUCAUCAAACAGAACGCCCCGGGGCCUAAGAUAAACAAGCACUCCCAGGUCAACGUGAUUCUGUGA